AAGUACUAUAUAAUAGCUCUCUUAGCAAAAUUGGUGUUGCAGUCAUGCCUGGCUAUGAUGGAGCGCUACCAGUGGACCAGGGGAGUGUCAAACCUGGCAUGUUGUGUGUCCACUGCAGACACCUGCUCAGGGAGCCACUGCAGACAGGGGAGGGACUGAGAGUGUGCAGGACCUGUGCACAAGACAUACAGCAGAAGCCGUAUAACAAGUGUGACCAUUGUGGUGUGACCGUGGAAACAAAUGGGACCUAUCCUGAUCGAGCUAUAGCAAGAGAUAUUAAACUGAUAGUGGUCUAUUGUACUUACUCAACGCUGCAAUGUGAUUGGACGGGACCGCUGAGUCAGUGGGAGGGGCAUGUGAGUGGGUGUGAGUGGAGAGGGGAGGCGUGCCCACACUGUCAUGAGAUGGUGGUUGUCAAGGAGAUAGCGGAACACAAGAGGGGGUGUGGUCACAGAGUGGUGCCAUGCAGUCAGUGUGGAGUGGAGAUGCAGCACAGACAGUUAAUGGCCCACUCUGAGUGUUGUCCUGAGGUAGUCAUCUCCUGUCAGCACUGCAACUGUGCUCUCAAGAGGAAACAGCUCCCGGCUCAUAAAUUGGAUGACUGUCAAGUUGAGGAGUGUUUAACAUGUGGACAAGAGGUUGACCGGGGCACGUGUGUGGAGGUGGGCGGGGCCAGUGUGCACCUUGCUGACUCUACACUAGCAUUCAAACAUCAUCAAUCUAUCAUGAGGAGACUCACGAUGAUCACUGAAGAACUUACUUUUCUUAAAACAUCAUUUGAACAAGCACUUGCAGACAUUCUCAAUAAGGACAGAGCAUUAUCGACAGUUAACUCCAGCACCACUGAGUUACAAGAGCAACUAACAAUGCGAAUGAGUUUGGUGGAGGCUGGUCUCGAAAGGGUUAAAGCUGAAAUACCAUCCAACACACGAGAGCAACCGAUUGCAGAUAAAAACCUCGGGGAAAAGGUGAAGCAAUUGGAAAUACAGCUAAAGGACAAGAGUACGUUGCUACGACGACAGGGUGAUCAGAUACAAGAGCUGAAACGUGUUGUCGAUCAUCUUCAGUCAACCAAUGAGAAGAGAGGAAUCAAAGUAGGAGGAGCCUCGGGGGUUAAAGAUGUCAGAGCCUCAGGGGUUAAAGAUGUGGUUCCAUCUGACCAGCGGCUCCUUCACUUGGAGCGGCAAGUCGAACAGUUGACGAGACAGAGCACAACCACACAAGGUCACCUCGAGGAGUUGGAGCUGCAGUUACAAGCAUCACUGGCUAGUACACACAAUGGCUCCUUCCUCUGGAGGGUGCCGAAUAUCGCCAGAAGAAAGAGAGAGGCUGUUGAAGAAAGAAUCACAUCCAUCUAUUCACCGCCAUUCUACACUGGGAGGAAUGGGUACAAGAUGUGUGUGCGUGCGUAUCUGAAUGGAGAUGGCUCCGGCUACAAUACUCACCUCUCUUUGUUCUUUGUUAUCAUGAAAGGAGAGUUUGACAAUCUAUUGAAAUGGCCGUUUGAUCACAAGGUGUCCAUGAUACUAGUGGAUCAGAAUCAUCGUAAGCACAUUGUACAGACCUUCAAACCAACGCCGGAGAGCAACUCCUUCCAACAACCACGAGGAGACAUGAACGUCGCCUCAGGCUGCCCACAAUUUGCACGGCUCAGCAUAUUUGAUGACACCAACUAUAUCAAGGAUGAUGUAUUAUUUAUUAAAUGUAUCAUAGAUACAACAAAAAUAUUUCAUCCCUAACUGUAUAGCUAGCUAGCUAUAGUUAGCUCUGGUGUAGCUUAGCCUCUGAUGGUCAUGCACUCAAUGGUAACCUGCAGGCCAGCUAUGAAGACAGUUAAGGACAUUAUUUUAAUCUUGCAUGUGUUACUGUUUUUCAAUUAUUAUCUGUUUACGUAGUAUAAUGGCUAUAAUAAUUAUUAUUGAUAUUUAAGA